GUGAUGGCUAACGUGAACUAGCUUGCUUUGACAACCACAGUGACUGACACCGGUCGUGGUGAUCCACCUCCAGCUGCAAACGUCCCUUCGGUGGUCUCUAAGUAAUAGAGAGAAACUUUAAAGCUAACCAUCCACAGAGGCGUCUUGUCUGCCGACUUGAAGCGCCCUCACCGCAUCUUGGACUGCCCACGGCUCUCGUCCUUUAACCGGCCAGCCUCAUCCAGCCCCACUGUGGAUCUUUAGACCCAACGGCAGGACAGUGGCAGAGGCGGAGCCAGAGCCAUCGGGGACCAGACCAGCAGGCAGAAGGGCUCCAUGAGCGCCACGGGGCAGCAGCAGCAAGCGGGGGGCCUGCGGUCUCGCCGAGGCCUUGGCCGGGACAAGGACUCUGGGCAGGGCAUGGGCAUGGAGGCGGCCUGCUGGCUGGCCCCCGGAGUGCUGCGCAGGCUGAUCGAGUUGCCCUCACCCCCCCUGUCCCGACACCAGCUCAAGAGACUGGAGGAGCACAGGUACAGCAGUGCAGGACGCUCCCUGCUGGAGCCUCUCAUGCAGCGUUACUGGGAAUGGUUGGUGGGACGGGUCCCUUCCUGGAUUGCUCCCAACCUCAUCACCAUCAUCGGCCUGGCCACCAACGUCUUCACCACCCUCGUGCUCAUCUACUACUGCCCAACUGCCACUGAACAGGCUCCUCUCUGGGCGUACCUGCUGUGCGCUGUGGGCCUGUUUAUCUACCAAUCGUUGGACGCCAUUGACGGGAAGCAGGCCAGACGCACCAAUAGCAGCUCUCCGCUGGGCGAGCUGUUUGACCACGGCUGUGACUCCCUCUCCACCGUGUUUGUGGUGUUGGGAACCAGUAUAGCAGUGCAGAUGGGCACCAACCCAGACUGGAUGUUCUUCUGCUGCUUCGCCGGGAUGUUCAUGUUCUACUGUGCCCACUGGCAAACAUACGUGUCAGGAACGCUGCGCUUCGGCAUCAUUGAUGUGACUGAGGUGCAACUCUUCAUAAUAAUCAUGUAUUUGCUGGCCGCCGUGGGAGGAUCUGCUUUGUGGCAGUCAAUGAUUCCGAUCCUAAAUAUCCAGAUGAAAAUGAUUCCUGCCAUCUGCACGUUUUUAGGAGCCAUCUUCUCCUGCACCAAUUACUUCAGAGUUAUUUUUACAGGAGGUGUGGGCAAAAACGGAUCCACAAUAGCAGGAACCAGCGUCCUCUCUCCAGUUUUACAUAUUGGUUCAGUUAUAAUUUUGGCGAUGAUGAUAUACAAGAAGUCGGCUGUCCAGCUCUUCGAGAAACAUCCAUGUCUUUAUAUCCUGGCGUUUGGCUUUGUCUCGGCCAAAAUCACCAAUAAAUUAGUUGUAGCACAUAUGACAAAAAGUGAGAUGCAUCUCCACGAUUUAGCCUUCCUGGGACCAGGACUACUGUUCCUGGAUCAGUAUUUCAAUAGUUUUAUUGACGAGUACCUGGUACUGUGGAUUGCACUGAUCAUUUCCUUCUUUGACUUGGUGCGUUACUGUGUCAGUGUUUGCAACCAGAUUGCCUGCCAUCUUCACAUUUUUGUUUUCAAAAUCAAGCCUUGUUCAGUGCUCAGUUCAGCGCCUCACUGAGGACACGCCGGCCAUUACUGACUCUGUCCCUUUCCCGUUAGUCGCACUCAUCUUUUCUUCCCUCUGUCUUCCACGACGCAGGGGGAUGACCUGGUGUAAAAGUAUGUGCUUCUGCCAACUGAAUGUGAGGACAAAUAAUAUAUAUUAAGUUACUGGAGUAUUACUGUCAUCGUUUCUUUUUCACCAGUGCAGAAUUUGAAUUUGUACCCGUUUUCAUCUUCUGCACCAGUAAUAAGCAUUCUCCUUCUGACAAACUCAUGAGCAAAUAUUUCAGGAGAGUACAGGUGCUACUCGCUAUGUUCAAGGAGAGCAACUUAAAUGUCUUUUAACUGUUUGUGUGCAAAGAAAAUGUAUAGGAAAUGAAUCAAACUAUUUGCUUUUCAUAAUUAUAAUUUUUUUUUUAAACAUUUGCAUAACUUUACCCUUUUGUUAUUGUAAAUACCAAACUGUUACACUGUCUGUGCGUUUUUCGUUUAAGUUCAAAAAUCCUGCUUUGACACGUUUAUAAACUGUCAUGUAUAUGAUUUUUAAAACCACUUUAUCUCCUGCCCGUUGCACAAAACUGUGCAACUGAUCAGCAAAAAUGUGGUUUUGGAGGAAACUUAAUGCCGACUUCAGAAUGUUGUCAUUGAACAAACCUGCAAAAUAUUCACUGCCAAUGUUGUUUGUUUAGUCUGUCAACUGAAACCACUUGGUUAAAACAAGACAUGGGAUAUUAAUCUCUGGGUAGGGAUUUUGUGUGUAUUUAUUGUCCCGUGCAAUGUUAUUUGGGAAUAUAUUCAUCGUGAUGGUUUGGUUAAUGCUUAAUGGAGUUAGGCUUCCUCUACACUUUUAGUCACUUUUAUAUAUGCACAACAGAGAAACACAGCCACAAUCAGAUUUUUGUUUACACGUAAACAAAAAUAUCUAAACUCAAAGGUCCACUUGCUAGCAUUCAGAGCUAUGCAGAUGUGGAUGAAAGGUCUGAAAGCUAGUAAGAAGGUCUUUGAGGUCGAGAAGGAACUCCCAUGCUCAGAUUUUCACUCAUUUUGAUAGAAAAAAAAAAAGAGAGGUGUUUUUCACUCCACCAGCGGCCACUUGUCACUUCACAUUGUCUUUUACACUCCACCUGGUAUUAUGCUAUAUUUAUCUCAUUGUCAACUAAUCCCAUGAAAAGACCAAAAACAUAUUGUUGGUUUUGGUUGGGAACUGUUGAGCAAAAGAAAAGUACCGAACAUCACCAGACUUCUCCUCUUAAAAAGAAUGACUCCCUGCCACCUCGACUUAUUUAAGUAUACAUCACGCUCCUUCCUGUGUUGCCGGUGGAUGCCGCUACUUAAGUGAACCAGCGUUUUUAAAAUGUGUCCAUUAUUAACAUUGUCUGGUCGACAUUGUGUUUCCCCCAAAACGACAUACUGUACAUGGUGGUAGCGAAAACGGACGGUGGCCUAAAUGAGGUCACACAAUGACGUCACAGUUUUGAAGGUGGUGACUGGCGAGACUUGGAUACAUUUUUAUUUUAUUUUUUUUGUCCCUGACAGUUAAUUAAAAACCUGUUUUAUUUCAAGUGGCUGCUGCUCACUCCGCCUCCACAUCUAGCAACAUCAUCUGAUACUGAGUGGGUGUUUAAUGUCGCUGCUUCUGAACAGAACCUGUGCUGAUGUAUUCAUGUUGAGAACAUGUUUUGUCCUUGACAGAGAUUAUAGUUUCUUGCUUUUGCAUAUUGUGCCUGUUUUUGUUUGUUUUUGUCGAACAGCUCCAUUUGGAGACGCUUUACUAAGCCGCUAAUUUGUUUAAAAUGUUUAAGAAGAUCAACGAUGCCAAGUGUUGAGCAUCAUUAAUUACAGCAGCUUCAGAACUUUGUCAGUGUCUGAACUGAAGUUAAGAUUCAGGGUGGGUUUGUUGCAAUCUGAACGCUGUUGGGAGCGGGGGACAAACACACACACAAAAAAAAGUGUUAAAGGGUCACUUCACCCAAAUCACAGAAACAUUUGUCCUUGAAAGCCUUGUGGUAUCUUAAGAUGGAAUAUUAAAGAGUAUUAUGAGAUUUAUACAAUAAAGAUGUAACAUUCUUAGAAAAAAAGUUGUACAUCAUUAAAAUAAAGUUGUAGUUCUGAGUAAAGAAAAGUUGCAUAUAGAGUUGGGCUUUACGAGAAAAAAGUGUUGAGAAUAAAAUGAUUAGAAGAAUAAGGUUUCGGUAUUUUGAGAAGAAUGUAAUGGCAAAAAAAGUAAAUUGUUAACAAUUGGGGGAAAAAUACAUUAGUUUUAGCCAAUAAAGAUAAUAUUUUAAAGAAGAAAGUUAAACUCCACAGUUGUCAUUUAAAAAGUCAAAAUAUUAUCGAAGUAAAGUUAUAAUUGAUAAGUCAUGAUUGCUUCUGAAAAGGCUCACUGCCAAUAGGGAAUAAAAUAAUACAUGUUUCGACAUCUUUGGAGAAAAUAAAUUUCAAUUAUCGGAAUAAAGUAAUUCAAAAAAGCUGCAAUAUUUGGAGAAUAAAUUCAUGUUUUUUUUUUUUAAAGACAGGACUAGCUGUUAUUUUGAUAAGUAAUAUGAAGUAAAAGAAAAAAAAUGUAAAACAAGAAAAAGUGUCAAUACUUCUAGAAUAGUUAUAAUACAUUAAUAAAUAUAAAGUUGUUACUUUGGGAAAAUUUGUUUGAGAAAGUCGCAAUAUUUCAAGAAUAAAAUCGCAAUGUUUUAAGAAAUCAUGUUAUGAGAAUAAAGUUGUGAUUUUAUGAGAAUUGUCACUGAAAACUCACUGCAGUUGAGUUUUUCAAAUGUAAUUUUCCAACACUGAGCACCACUGUGUCAUUCUCCUACGUUGUGUUGGCUUGACGGCAGAAAUCUUUGCUGUGUAGAUCUUCAGAUUUGUGUGAACUGACCCUAUAAGGAACAAAACUCAACGUCAAUUUUUCUCAAAGUGUUUUAAUUUGACAGAUGACAUGCAAACGACCAGGUACAUUAUACAUUAUAGAACACCGUUGACUACAAACAGUAUUUGCUUGAAUGUCACUUAUUAUCUAUGAUUAGAUGUUCUAAUCCUUUAUUUGCUACAGUGGAUUUCUCGGUAAGGCCGUGUCUGAUCAGUUCAGUAGGGUCUUUUAGGAGAAAUGGAAGAUAAACUGAUGAUUUGUAUGAGUAUAGGCCUACUAACGCAUACUGCUUUACAGUGUGUGUACAAUAGCUGGAGAUUGUGAUCAGCUUUUCAUAGCUCAGUGCAAUAACAGCAUCAAUAGCUCAUGUGCAUAUAGUUACUGAUGUCAGGUCGACUCUCAUUGUUAGUAAUAGGUUUGCCUUAAACAAGUUUGGUUUCUAUUGUUUUGUUCAGAGCUGUUGUCACUGUGUGUAUGUGUCUACUCUUGAAAGCUUGUGUAGAAGUGUGUCUUAUGUUGGCCAGACUGCCAAGCUCAGGUAUACGUAUAUCACCAGUGUGCAGAACAGUGUGUUCUUAGAGGAAUACGGUAAACAAGAUCACCUGACAAUCUCUCCAUCUACCAAUGCAAAUAAAUUUCAUACACACCAGGAA